AUGGGGAGGAGAAAAAUUGAGAUGAAAAGGGUGAUCGAUAGCAACUCCAGGCAGGUGACUUUCUCCAAGCGCAGAAAUGGUCUUUUCAAGAAAGCUCACGAGAUUGCCACUCUCUGUGGUGCUGAGGUGGGAAUCGUUGUUUUCUCUCCCGGAGGCAAGCCCUUCUCAUUUGGGCACCCAAAUGUGGACUCAGUAGCAGACAGGUUUCUAAAUAGGGAGGAAGAUGAAGACAACACUGAUGAUCGUGGUGUUCGUCGUUCUGGAAAAGUUGUUGAGAGACUAAACCAACAGGUCGAUGAUCUUGUGAAGAAAGUGGAGGCUGAGAAGAAAAAGGGUGAGGUGAUUCAUAAGGCACUAGUGAAAGCAAAAACUAAAUGGGGGCUUCCGGUCCAGGAUAUGAGUCAGAGUGAGCUGGUAAAAGAGAAGCAGUCGCUUGAGGAGUUGAGAGAGAGUGUGAUGGCAAGAGUGACUGACAUGGAGGCAUCGUCUUCUUUGCUGCUCCUGGCAAACAAGCCGGUGAAAGAGACUGAGAAGAAUGUUGCUAAAAGUGGCUGAGGGGGUUUUAAUCGCUUAAUUUGUAGUAAACCGUGUGGUUUUGUUGUUAAUUGGUAGAUUUCUAUUUUCUCAAUUAGAAUUUUGCUGUCAGAACCAGAAAAGGAAAUAUAAAUUUUCCUUUAGAGUGUAAUGGGUCGAACAAUAAAUAAAAAUGGUUGUUGCUAGAAAUGUCUUGGAUGUGCUAGUCAAUUCUUUUGCCAAAUUACAUAAC